AUGGAGGAGCGUCGCUUGCACGUCUUAGGUGCAGGUGUCGCCGGGCUGAGCGCGAUUGCAACGGCGCACUCGCUGGGUUGCAAGGUCUUUGCGAAUGAUGUGCGCGAUGCCGCCCGCGAGCAGGUGGAGUCCAUGGGCGCCCAGUUCAUCGCCGUCGACGCGCAGGGCAUCGCAGGUGAAGGUGCUGGUGGUUAUGCCACGGUCAUGGGGGAGGAUUUCACCCGGGCUCAGAUUGCCACCUACGCCCGUGUCAUCCCCGACAUGGACGUGAUUGUCACCACGGCCAUGAUCCCAAACAGAGCUGCACCAGAGCUGAUCACCAGCGAGAUGGUGGCCAGCAUGCGGAAGGGGUCGGUGAUCAUCGAUCUGGCGGCGCAAACCGGUGGCAACUGUGUCUACACGGAGCCGAACAAGGCGGUGGUCUCUCCGAAUGGCGUAACGGUCGUGGGAGAGACGAACUAUGCAUCUCAGAUGGCAUCGCAGUCAAGCGAGAUGCUGGGAAGCAACUUCACUGCCAUGCUGGAGGUGCUGGGAGGUGCCGAGAACUUCGGCGGGGAGCACUGGGACGACCCAGUUGUGAAGCCAGCGAUCGUGGCCCGCGGGGGCGCUGUGGUUUGGGACCCCAACCCACCCAGGCCCCCGGCGGCGGCCCCGACGGGGACUGCGGUGGAGGGCAACGGCAUUGGCGGCUUCGGCGGUGCCUCGCCGAUGCCGCUGCCACCACCCGAGGAGGCACAUGCUGUCAUCGCCUGGAUCCAGGAGCACAAGGACGAGCUGGCACUGGGCGUGGGCGGUGCCGUGGUGCUUGGCUUGGGCCUCGCAGUGGAUAUCCCCGAGGCAGAGGUCACGCACCUGGGCUACUUUGUCCUCUCAUGCUUGAUUGGAAACUUUACAGUGGCCGGCGUGACUCCGGCGCUGCACACUCCGCUCAUCAGUGUGACGAAUGCCAUCAGCGGCAUCAUUGUGGUGGGCGGAAUGCUGCAACUCAGUGGCCCCGUGCUUUCUGCGCGUGUGGCCUGUGCUCUGGCAGCCGUGUUCCUCUCGAGCGUGAACAUCGUCGGUGGCUUUGCUGUCACGGCUCGGAUGCUGGACAUGUUUCGUGAGGAUGCCAACCCAAAGAAGGCUCUGGCAGAAAGGUCCUCCUGA